AUGUUCGGCUUGCCAUUACGAGCAUUACGUAGUGUUUCCCACUACUCUACUGUGGCUCCUAAACAACUCUUUCCUACCAAGACAAUCAAGUCUUUGUUGGCUGAUAAUCAGCCUAAAGAUACAGAAGUAUUGCUGAGGGGUUGGGUGAGGUCUGUGCGCAAACAGAAACAAGUUUGUUUUGCUAUGGUUAAUGAUGGCAGUACACUCAAGGGCAUUCAAGCCAUUCUUAACGAGGACGAUGCCAAGAACUUAUCAGUUGCUUUCAGAUUGAGUACCGGUGCCUGUGUUGAGCUCAAGGGGUUACUCUCGGAUAGUCCGGGGCAGGAGCAAGCCAAGGAGCUCCAGGUUGACGCAGUCCGAGUUCUCGGAGAGUGCGAUAAUUCAUAUCCACUUCAAAAGAAGCGUCACUCUCUAGAGUUCAUGCGUAACUUAGGUCACUUGCGCGCACGUGCAAACACCGGAAGUGCUGUUCUCCGGGUGCGACAUGCAGCCAGCGAGGGUCUUCAUCAGUUCUUUGCGAGUCAGGAAUUUAUUCUUACCAAUACACCCAUCUUAACAUCCGGUGACUGUGAAGGUGGUGGAGAGGUAUUCAAGGUUACUCCAGGGUCUGCUACACCUUCCACCCAAGACGAGUUUUUUAAGAAACCCGUCUAUCUCACUGUAUCUGGCCAACUACAUGCUGAGAUCAUGGCUUCUGCCUUCUCGCGAGUCUAUACGUUUGGUCCUGUUUUCCGUGCAGAAGAAUCUGUCACCUCGCGUCAUCUGGCAGAGUUUUGGAUGUUAGAAGCAGAGAUGUCAUUUAUAGACCAAAUUGAUCAGCUUCUUGAUGUGACUGAAGCAAGUAUUCAGCACACAACUAGACAUGUCCUUGAUACUUGUGCAGAAGAUUUAGCAUUUUUUAACCAAUGGACCGAUAAGACACUCCUGGACCGCUUACACAAGAGUAUCGAAAAGCCUUUUGCACGAAUGACUUAUACCGAAGCAAUUGAUGUCCUACAGCGUGUCCAAGACAAGGAAAAACGUUUCGAGUUCCCUACUGUAUGGGGGUCUAGUCUACAGUCAGAACACGAGCGCUACUUGGCUUCAGAGUACUGCGGACGCCCUGUUUUUGUAACAGAUUAUCCUGCCAAUCUUAAGCCAUUCUACAUGAGAACCAACAAUGAUGGAAAGACAGUAGGAUGCUUUGAUCUCUUGAUUCCUGGUGUGGGAGAGCUUGUUGGUGGUUCGAUGCGUGAGGAAAGGCUUGAUGUUUUGACUCAAAAGAUGGAAUUGGCUGGGAUGAAUGUGGAGGAAUACGGGUGGUAUCUGGAUCUCCGUAAAUACGGUAGUGCUCCUCACGGGGGUUAUGGUAUUGGAUUUGAGCGCCUGCUUUUGUGGCUUACUGGCCUCGAGAAUGUUAGAGAAGUAGUACCAGUUCCUCGCUGGGUGGGACAUUGCAAAUAUUAG